UAUCGGAUUAUCUUCUACAGUCUUUAAUAAUCAAUCUUAUAAAAAAUUAACCUUUUAUUUAGUAUUUUAUUCAUUUUCGAGAUUCCAGGAAAUUUUUUCUUUAAACUACCUCCUAUUAUAUACAAAACCGAUCCCCUCUUCCGCCGUACUUCAUCGCAAUUCUGUUGCAAUGCGCUUGCCGGUUGAAAAUAAUAGUUUCUGUUUUCACGGCGUGAAAAACAGCGUGGCGUAAAAUACGUGGAUAUUUUCAUUUAAGCAAGAGCAUUGCAUCAUUUUGAGAUAAGGAAAGAUUAAAAGAAAAGGAAUUUUUACACCACCAAACUAAAUUAUAUAUCUUGGUUACAAUUGUAAAUAGGUCCUGGCAAAAAUAAUACCAAAAUUAUAAAUUGAAAAGAUGGAUGUGACUUAUGAGAGUCCUGGAUUUGAAUUAAUUAGCUUUGAAAAAUCUUUUGAAUUGUCUGAGCAUAGACAUGCAGCUCAUUGUUGCAUUUAUUCUCCUUAUUCUACACCUGUUUUGAAUAAUUAUGUGUCUUCAGCAUUAGUAUCAAUGCAAAUGCGUUUUGAUGGUAAAAUUGGAUUUCAUGGUGGUCUUGUACAUGAAAAAAACAUUACUGAAGGCUUAAACAGAGAACUAGCAGAAGAAAUUAAUUUAAACGAGAAAUUUUAUAUUACAGACAAAGACUAUCUAUUUACUCAUGUAGAUAUUCUCAACAAGUUAUGUUUGCAUUUUUAUGGUAAAGAAGUUUCUAUUGAAGAUUUUAAAACUAUAGAAAAAGAAGCUCUUGAUGCUGAAGAUUUUGGACUGGAGACUAUGGGUGUUUUUCGUGUUCCCAUGUUUACUAUGCGUGAUGGUUAUCGUGGUUUACCAGCCUUUCUGAACAAUAAUUUUAUUGGAGAAGCAAAGAACCAGUUGUUGAAUUUCAUUCUACAUCGCAAGUUAAUGACACCUGAAGAGGUCAAAACUGUUUUAGAACACUCUCAGAAAGGUAGUAAAGUGGUUUGUUUUGAUGAUUAAGCUCCAAUUCCAGGAAUACUACCAAGAAAUUAUCAUAACCAAAUACCAGGCUGAAAAAAAAAAGAACCAGUGUUUUAAUUUUUGAACCAUUUUGAAUUGCUGUUAAAUAUAUAUAUAUAUAUAUAUAAC